UAUGAAUGCUUUUGCAGGGCACUGUUUACAGUUAAUUUCCAAAUGAUUAUGUACUGACAUUUACUGGUAUUUCCUCUAAACAGGAAGUGUUUCUACUGUCCUGUUGAGAAUGAUUGAUUGGGAAAAAAAAGGAUGUACAAAAUAACAGCAGUCUUUAUCAGUACUCCACUUGCUGCUAUGUCCUCUAAAGCUUCUGUAAAGCAGAACCAGCUAGCAGAAAGUAUGUAUGGCUUAAUUUUCAUAGAGAAAUAGUCAGUGUAGCAGUAAUGCCUGUUCACACUAAGCAGGCUUCACUCACAGAAGCUCAGCUCUUAGGCGCGUUGCCUCCCACCCAUUGGUUCCCGCCCAUUGCUUCAGGAUCCUCCCCACCCUCUGCUGUUUUAUGGGCUUUCGUAAUACCAAGCAUUACUGAAAUCUCCACUGUAGGGACUGGCUGUCCUCAUGGUUAGUCUGCUUAAUACAAACGGAAAUAGGAUCGCCCUGUCUCCACCACUCUCCGUACCAGAGCAGAAGAGGCUGGCCAUUCAUCACGGCUUCACUGGUGUCCAUACUGCUCAUUAUCCAGAGCCAGCAUGCAGGAAGAGUUCAAGUUACUCAACUGCAGCAUUAGAGUUUGAGAAAGAGCACCAGAUUUCUCCUGUGUACGAGUCGCCCAAGAUGUUACGGCGGAGCCUCCGUCUGCAGAACAGCAGCAGUCAUUACAACACUGAGAAUGUAACUGAUUACUCCCUGGACCAUGGCAGCAGUUACAUCGACACCAGGAAAGAGACGCGGACACCGCGAAACAGAAAGCAGAAGUCCACAUCCAGCUCUGUGUCUUUAUCCCUGAGCCAAAUUGCAACACCGAGACAAACCCUGUCCUUCUCAGCUGCCAGUACCCCGAUUGACAGAACAAGUCAUGAAAACGUCACAACGGUCGACGUCUCGCGGCUCGUAUCAGCUCAAGAGCAGUAUCACCUGAGGCAGCGCAGAGGAACCACCAUCAGAGCUGCAACUACUGUGGAUGGACAGUGGGAGCAACACUCCAGCCAGAGCUCAUCAAACACCAAUGGGGAGGCCAGCUUUUCGAAGUCCAAGACUUCGGUCCCUAAUGGGUACAUUUGCAAAGAUUGCUCGUUUCACUCUCAGCAAAGUGACUCCCGUGUGACGCGGUCAUCAUUGACAUCGCUAUCAUCAUCAUCAUCAUCCUGCCAAGAAGCAGAACUUUCCACCGAUGGCCUCACCUCCGUAUCUUCACCUUACACAAAUAUUUAUACCAGAGACAGGAGUCGAAGGAACAAGUCGGGUGUCCUGAUGUCAAUAUCUAACUCAUGUGUGCGCUACAGCAAAAAAGCCCUGUCCCCCAUUGUGUCCUUAGUUUCCAUUGUCUACAGCAGUUUGGUCUGGCUGGGUACAAGAACCAGGAACUCAGCAGAAAAAGGGGUGUCAACGGAUGUGUCAACAGGAGUCCAAACCUCGUACUCAGACUCCUUGACACAAGCGUGGUCCAAACUUUGGCUGUUUAAGCAGACCACUCUUCACAGGAUGAUGGGCUCCAAAGGUCAUGGCUUUGAAGAACAAGGCCACUCAAGUUUCUGUGGAAGCAUGAAUGUGAAGGACCUGGUCACUGAAGAAACAUCACAUCUAAACCUCAAUGGUUCCCUGUGUGACGACUGUAAAGGAAAGCAGUACUCUGAGUCUUGCACUGUCGCCGUUACACCACUCUCCAAGUCACAGCGCUUGUGGAGCAUCCUAGCUUACACAGGUUUCUAUCUGCUGCUGCCUGGUCGCUGUGUGCUUGCAGCAGGUAAAGCUUUGGGUUCAGGAAUCAUCACAGCAACAAAAAGCCUUCUCUCAUGCUUCUGGGCGAUCCUAGCAGCCCCAGUAAAAGCAGGAAAGGGACUGAUGUGGUUUCUUGCAAGAGGAUGGUACCAACUGGUGUCUCUCAUGUCUCUCGUCAACGUCUUCUUUCUAACUCGAUGCCUUCCCAAACUCUGGAAGCUCCUGUUGCCUCUUUUGCUCCUCUUACUACUUCUACUUUUCUGGUGGUGGCUCCCGUUCACCGGUGCCCUGCUUACCUACCUUCCAGCCAUAAACCUCACAGAGUGGAGAUCUACAUCUAGGUUUGACUUCUUCUCUAACUUGGCUGCUGUUCCCGCUGCUGUCCCUGCAACAGAAACUCCCAUGGAGCAGGCUCAUAACACUCCGGUCUCCCAAGCAACACCAAUCCUUCCCCCAGCCGCCAUCCACAGUGGCGUGGAUCUGGACCGUCUCGAAAUUGUUGAGCGACAGCUGGCCGUGUUGUGGGAGAAAGUCCAGGCGGGAAACCAGAAGCAGGAUCAGCGUCACAGCAAUGUUCUCGGUCUCUACAGCUCGCUGAGAGAGCAGGUCCACAGUCAGAACGAAAGGGAGAGCUUCGAAGUGUGGGUGUCCUCUAUGAUGGAGCAGCGACUGGGUGUGCUGCGAGGAGAACUGCAGCGCGAGAACUUAAACAUAGCACAGAGCUCAGAGCAGCAAAAACAGCAACAGGAAAGUCAGGCAGCACGUCUGGCUAAUUUAGAGCUUCUGCUCAGAGCUUUGGAAACCAAGACUGAGGAGAUGCAGCAAAAGCAACAGCAGUCUGAGGAUGAGGCAAAGCAACGGGAGAAAGCGGCUUCUAAAUCGGCUGCAGACACAGCUCCUGUCAGUGUGGGUGUGAAGCAGGAGGACCAUGAUGCUCUAUUGCUGGAGAUGCAGAGACUUGAAGCAGAGCUGAGUAAAAUCAGGGGAGACCUGCAGGGUUUUGCAGGAUGUAAGGGCAAAUGUGAGCAGCUGAACACUCUGCAGCAGACUAUAUCUGGUCAAGUGUCCUCGCAGUUGCGGAAGGAGUUGAAAAAUCUGUUCUUCGGCAGCGAUGAAUCAGCGGACCAGCAGCAGGGUGAGAUCCCUGAGUCGCUGAUCCAAUGGCUGUCGCAGCGUUACGUGAGCAUGCCCAACCUGCAGGCGGCGCUGGCCUCCAUCGAAAUGAGCAUCCUGAAAAACAUUUCGCUUCAGCUGGAGCACAGUCGAGCCCAGGUUCUGGGUGAGGCAGAAUCCAGAGCCAGAAGCGUCUUUGAGACAGUAAGAGGGACGGUCCGACACACUUCUACAACUGAGGGACUGUCUGAAGAGGAUGUGAAUCUGAUUGUUCAGAACGCCCUGAAGCUCUACUCUCAGGACCGGACGGGUCAGGUGGACUACGCCCUGGAGUCUGGAGGUGGUAGCAUCCUUAGCACACGCUGCUCCGAGACUUAUGAGACAAAGACAGCCCUCAUGAGUCUGUUCGGCCUUCCACUCUGGUACUUCUCCCAGUCUCCACGUGUUGUAAUCCAGCCGGAUGUGUAUCCUGGCAACUGCUGGGCAUUUAAAGGCUCUCAAGGUUAUCUGGUGAUCAGGCUCUCCUUGAGGAUUCGUCCAACAUCCUUCUGUGUGGAGCACAUCCCUAAGACGCUUUCUCCAACAGGAAACAUUGCCAGUGCUCCUCGCAACUUCACUGUCUUUGGUCUCGAUGAUGAGUACCAAGAAGAGGGAACGCUGCUGGGGCACUACACAUACGAGGAAGAUGGCGAUUCUUUGCAGAUCUUCCCCGUUAAGGAGAAAAACGACAAGGCGUUCCAGAUCGUAGAGGUGCGGGUUCUAUCUAACUGGGGUCAUCCAGAAUACACUUGCUUAUAUCGCUUCAGGGUCCACGGAGAACCACUUUCCGAAUGAAGCAACCACCGAAAGACACACUAAUAAAUAAUCAUUUUACUCUGUCUGUAAAUAACUCUCACCAGCUUCUUUAAAACGAAGGACACCUGACAGUGUGGACAGUUUGGUAUGAAAGCCAUGCAAACAGAGAGGUUGUGGAGUGUGAAAGCAAUGUGCCGAGUUGGAAGCAGGAAAGUAUGUUUAUGAAAUCCUGGAAGAGUCACUGGGAAGUUUUGUAGCUGGACUGUAAAGGAACGCAGAGAGGAGUGGAACCACGAAAGAAGCUAAAAGUCCCCUUUUCAUUGCACUGAGUUGCUCUUGAGGGUAGCGAGGCUUCCCUGAGCAGACAAAUCCAUCCCCACCUCUACAGGAAGGUGGACACCUUCACUAGGGCGGGGAUGACGGACUCAUCUCAACCACAUUUUCAAUAUGCAUCUGAUUUGCUUUAGUUCUUUUCUCUUUUUUAAUCUUUCUUAAUAGAAUCUGCUAUUUUUAGGAACAAGACCACUCUGUCUUUGCCAGGUAUGUCACUCCUUUAGUUGCUGCAGCUAAACCGAGAAGUCCACAGAUGGGUUCCGAAUGCUUUGCCAUAGCCAUAAGAGUUGUUUUUAAAGAACUGAACAUGCUGCCUGUGAACAAGUUCUGAAUGUUUGAUUAAGUGCAGGCUCAACGCAAGUUUCCUUUAAUCAUACAGCAACGCUAUAAAACACUGAUCUCUAUGCGAUGCAACCUUUAGGAGGCUCCUUACUACGCUAAAUGUAGGAAAUCAUGCCAACAUGUGGCUCCUCCUCUGAAACAUACACUGAUUUUACAUCCAUCAUGUACAAUGCCUUGCAAAAGCAUUCUUAUUUUAUUUAUUUACGUUUUACAUUUUGUCACAUUACAACCACAAACUCCAGUGAGUUUUUUGGGGGUGGAUUUUAGCUGAUAGACCCAGACAUCCUGAAGAGGUUGUGGUGAAGUAGAAAGAACGAUAUAUAGUUUUCACAUUUUUACAAAUAAAACUCCUAAAGUAAAGUGUGCAUUUGUAUUUGAAGCUCUGAGUAAUUACUUAGUUGGACCACCUUUUGCUGCAAUUACCACUACAAGUCCUCUGAGGGUACUUUUCUACCAGCUUUGCACAUUUAUAGACUAAAUUCUUUUCAAAACAGCUCAAGGUCAGUCAGGUUUUAAGAAAAGCAUUUGUGAACAUCAAUCUUCAAGUUUAGUGACAACCUCUAAUUGUUUUGUUUUUUUUCACUCUGUUUUGAACUCAAUCCUACUAAUUAAUUCUUUGCAGUUUUCCUGUCCCUGCUUAAUAAAGGAGCUGCCACCACCAGAUUUUACCGUGGUAACUGUGUUCAUGAUGAUCGGCAGUGCUAGUUUUGUGUCACAGAUAGAAUUUUCCUGUAGACCAAAAAGUUCAGAUUUGGUCUGGCUUGUGGCAAAUUUCUCAAUGAUUUCUUUCACCGGUGGUUUUAUCUGCUCUCUCUUCUGUAGGAUAGUUUUAGUUUAAACAGUGGCUAUCUGGAGCUCCUCCACAGUUGGCAUGGGCCUUCUGGCUGCUUCUCUUUGUUUAUGCUGUUCUUGCAUACAUAUACAGACCACAGUACUAUAAAUUUACUUGUAAAACAUUUGGAAGCCAUGGAUCCAUUUCCACUUCUUGGUGUUGGUAAAUCACAUAAAAAUGCACUGAAGUUUGUGGUUGUGAGAUGACAAAAUGUUAAGUUUGAGGAACAUGAAAACUUUUCUGUGGCACUGUAUACGAAAGUGUUGUUAAAUCUGGCGCCUGGAGCUCAGAUCCUAACCAAAAUUGCAAGAUCAUGUUGACCAUAGAUUGGUUUUUAUCUUUUGCUCUUUCACCCUUUACUUCACCUAAAUGUCCCUUUUCACAUGAGCUCUUAGAACUCUAAAACCCUGAAGGAAUGUAAUUUGUAUAUUUCAUUGUUUAUAGUUGGUCCUUUUAUGAUAUCUACUUUUAUCAGUGUUGCUUUAUUAAGACAAAUCCAGUCAUAAUUAUUAUCAUGUAACUAUUUUUAAAAUUUCUCAUUGUGUUUGCUUUCUUUUUUGUUUUAAUUUGGGGGAUUAUUCACAACACAGGAUGCACUGCAACAACUUGUAAGACAAAAGUUUGUGGCACAGGGUGUUUUUGUUAAAAAAUGGGGCUAUGUAAAGAGUUGUGGGUUGGGUAAGUCAAAAAUACUAUUUGUAAAAACGUUUUGCUCACAAUCUUAUUUAUUAACAAGUUAUUAGUGGCUGCAAAUUAUGAGUGUUGGCAGUGUAUAUUUUAUUAAAAGCUGUUCAGUGCAUUUUGGAAUUUUUUUUUUAAGAUAAAUGGCUAUUUUUGUUCAGUCAUGAGAUGACUUAAUUGCUUUGGAAUAUAUUCCAAUAAAGACUUUAAUUUUGAUCUUUUAUACCA